ACCGGGCGAACGUGGCACAGCUCGCGGCGCUGCGGUGUGGUGGUGCAGUAGUGCGGUGGUGUGUGUGCGUGCGCGCGUGUGCAUGGCGGCCUCGUGACUAGCACGCCGGCCAUGGUGCACUGAUCAUGCAGUAUCGUGAGACGACAGUAAAUGUAGUGCCGUGACGAGUGAUGGCUCCCAGGGCUCGGGUGAGGGGGGCGCCGCGCCCCUGGUGCUGCCCGCGGGACCCCCAUCAUCAGCACAGUGACACCAGGCAGGUGGACUGCUCGUCGGCGCCUCCUGCACCGUGAGGCGAGACGGAGGCGACAUGGAGGGCAGGAGGCAGCGCGAGCGGAGGGAAGGGAGGGAGGGACAGAAGGACAAAAAAGAAGGGAAGGACACUAAGACGGGCCAGGCGCCCAAGACGACGACGGCCAAGCUGAAGGAGCGAUGGCUGCUCACCAGGAAGACGUGGCGCUACAUGAGCGACGCGGGCAAGAAGCUCUUCCCCGAGGGCGUCAACCCGCAGAAGGCCGAGGACAUCCCCAAAGUGGAGGAGCACUUCCAGAAGAUCAACAGCCGCAACCGCGACUUCAUCCUGGUGCCGAAGCCGCCGGAGACGCCACGUUCCGGCCGCAGACGGAGGAAGCGGCUCACGAGCACCGCCUCCGACACUACGGACACGGCCGACGACUACCUGGACACGGACGAUGAGGGCGCACACGACGCCCCUCGCAGCGCGCCCAUCCACGGCCUUGCUCACGCGCCCUUCAUGGGGCCCGUUCUUGCCAUGGGUGGGACUCCUUUCAUGGGCGCCAUGGGCAGUGCAGGCGCCCUAGGCGCCAUGGGCACUGCACUCCCCAUGGGCGCUCACGCGGGCGUCACAGGGAGCAUGAAGGGCGCAGGACCAAGCGGCCAAUCCAGCGCAGGAGUCAGUCCUACGGGCAUGGGGAUGGUCCCGGGCAUGGGGAUGGCCCCGGGCAUGGGCGUAAGCAUGGGCGCUUCCAGCCACUCGCCCAUGUACCAGGCUACUCAAGGCGGGGGACUGCCCACUAGUGGCUACCCAGGGCUGCCCAUCACCGCCGGCUUGUCCAGAGAACGACUCCUGUCUGUGGGAGAGCUCCGGUAUGAGCUGCCCCCGGAGGUGUACCACCACCUUCUGCGGAGCAACCUCCUGCAGUGGAGCCAGCAGGACCUCACCGAGGAGGACGAAGACGAGUACGACUCGUGCGAGCAGCUGGAGAUCGACGGAAGCCGCAUGAGGAGCGUCGGGGCGCAGACGGACCCGCACCUUGACAUGAGCGUCCAGACCGACGAUGAUGCGACGGCCGAGGACAUGGUCAAGGUGGGAGCGGAGUCUCGCAGCGUCACGGAGGCCAACGCCGCGGCCGCCCAGGCAGAAGCGAGGGCCCAGGCAGAGGCCAAGGCGCAAGCGGAAGCACAGGCUCACCAACAGACACAAGGGAGCCCUCAGGUUCCCGAGACGCCGCCCGCUUCAGAAUCGAGUGUCAGCGGGACGUCCAUGCUGAAGAAGCUAUGGCAAAGGCGAGAGAGCGCGGCUGGAAGCGUCAUCAAGGGGGAGGCGCUGCAGCAGGAGGGGGGAGCGAAGAAGCAGGGCUCUGAGAAGGACAAGGACGCACCGCCUCCGAAAGGCGUCGUGGCUGCCAAACGCAUGUGGGCGGAGAAGGCCGCCGCUUCAGGGGGCACUCCAAUAACGCCUCCAGGAACCAAGCCCAAGCAAGAAAAGGCUCAAGAAAAAAGCAAACUCAAGUCUGUGUUCAAGUUAGGACUGAAAUGCGAUGUCGAUCAGCAAGGAGGCUCUUCGAAAAAGUCCGUCGAAAAGACGAAAGUAGAUAAAUUUAAAACCGUAAAUUACGAUAAGACGUUGCGGAAUAUUAAGUCGAAGUGGGUGCCGAAUCCAGAGGACGAGGAACUUCUCAGACAAUAUCGAAUGAAAAACAAAGAGGAGAAGGAAAAAGAGAAGGAGAAGGAGAAGGAGAAGAAGGUGAAGAAGAAGGCAAAGGGCAUACAGGUGGGCGACCCGCUGCCGCAGUUCAUCCUGGCGGGGUUCCGCAUCAGCUCGCCCGUCGAGAUCAUCCACCAACGGCGGCGGUCCAGACGCCGCAUUUCGAAGGCGGAUUCCAGCGACUUCUCUGGCAGCGAGUGCUCGAUGCCGACGUCGCCGCGCUACUCGGUCACGGUCACGGACGACCAAGGCUCCCGCGACCUGCUAGUGUCGGAGGCGGAGGCCUUCCGGCUGUGUCAGAUGGGCGUCCAUAUCACCUUCAAGCGGUCCAGCAUCGAUGCCUCGGUGGACACGAGUGAGUUCGAGGCCGAGGGCGCUGCGGGGGGCUUUCCGCCGUUCCAGCGCUCCAUCUCGGCUCUCCAGGCGUCCGGGCACUUGUCGCAGAUGAUGUACAAUAUUCGAGGUCGUCCGUCGCAUCCACAGGUCAACCCGUGCGCAGGUGCGGCCCCUGGUCAGGGCGGCCACCGAGGCAGCCAAGGACUACUGCAGUCUUUUCUCCCCGCAGUGAUGCAGAGGUCGAGGGCGAGCGGGAGCGGGCACACCUCCAGACUCGUGGCCAAGAAGAUCUGGCGAGCUCGAUCCAAGAGCCAGUCCCGCGCCUCCGCAGGGACCACCUCAAUCUGGACCCCCAUGGAGAUUAAUGUACCCAUCAAUCCAUUCCAUUCCUAUCAUGCCUCACCAUCUGCGCCUCACCAGCUGGCCCUCAGGAGAUCCUUAUCUGUGGUAAUUGCCUACUUCUUCACCUGGCUACCAACUGUGCCACCUGAUCAACCUUCUCUACUUGCUCAGAGAAGAAGAAGGAGAAGAAGAAACAGUUUCUGCUCCAUCGAAGAAAUGAUUGACCCUUACAAAAUAGCAACAGAUGAAUUUUUACUGGUGUUCCCAUACGGUGACUGCAAAAUCGAAGAUAGGGAGCGGAGGGCGAGGGCCAGAACAAGUACAGGUGGAUUUCUUGACAUCGCCUAUAACUUGUCUGUAAAUCGACCUCCACUUUUUACUAUGAGGUCAGUUAAGGGUGGACGAGAUGGUCACGAAUUGAUGUCACUUCUGUUGCAAAUGCUGAUUGUGGAGUACUUAGAACAAUGGAGACCAAGAAACACAGUUGACAAGAAUCUAGCCUGUGAAUGUACAGUGCACACCGCUGUCACCUGUCGCCCGCGGACGCUAAGCCAUCCACUUUAA